GUCCUUAUCUUCUCCAAUAACAAAAUUUGCAGACUCCGACCCCUUUAAGAAACCCACUUUCUACCCUUCAACAAAUAUACAGUAAUGGCUUUUUCCUCCUCUUCUUCCUCUCACUGCUUUCUCUUACUCCCUCUUCUUCUCUUCUCCGUUUUAAUCGCUCACUCAGCCGCUCAAGGCGGCAGAUUCACUUGCAAUUCCUCCUCAAAGUGUCAAUCCCUCGUUGGCUAUCUCACCCCCAACGCCACCACCUUGUCCGAACUCCAAUCUCUCUUCACCGUCAAAAAGCUCCGCUCCAUUCUCGGCGCUAACAACCUACCUCUCUCAACCCCACGCUCCUUCUCCAUUCCCGCAAACCAGACUAUCAAAAUCCCUAUCCCUUGCGUUUGCUCAAACGGCACCGGCAUCUCCGACAGAGUCCCUAUCUACAAAGUCAAGAAAGACGACGGCCUCUUUCAUAUCGCCGCCGACGUUUUCGGCGGUCUGGUUCAGUUCCAGCAUAUUGUGGAGAUCAACAAUAUUCCUAACCCGGACUUGAUUGAGGUUAACCAGUCGCUGUGGAUCCCGCUGCCUUGCAGCUGCGAUGAGGUGAACGGAGAACGAGUCGUACACUACGCUCACGUGGUGUUAGAAGGGAGCUCCGUCGAGGAAAUUUCCAGCGAGUUUGGGGUGGAUAAGGAGACUUUGUUGAAGCUCAAUGGGAUUUCCGGUGACAAUCAACUUAUCGCUGCUAAAGCUUUUGAUGUUCCUCUCAGAGCUUGCAACUCAUCCAUAAGAAAUGACUCGUUGGAUUUCCCUCUACUCGUUUCUAACAACACUUCUGUGUUUACCGCCAAUAAUUGUGUAAAGUGUUCGUGUUCUUCGGCAAAUAACUGGAUAUUGCAAUGUGAACCCACUGCAAUUCCGCCAUCGUCCAACUCGGGAACGUGCCCUUCUAUGCUUUGUGCAGGAUCAAACAAUUUAUCCCUCGGCAACACUUCUACGACCUCUUGCAAUCGGACAACCUGCAGUUACGCUGGUUUCUCGAGGCAAACUAUUCACACCACACUUCUCAGUGAAUCCACUUGUGCAACUCCUCUUCCUCCUCCAAAUCAUGCUCCAACAAGUCGGUUGAGUUGGAAUUUGGUGUUGAUAUCUGUUCACUUGCUGCUGCUUUCUUUACAUUUUCUUCUCUAAGUGUGUGCUAGUUUCUCCACAUUUUGUGUAGUCUGGAUUUUUUUAUAAUGUUUUGGAGCAGGCAAUUAAUAAAAGCAGAGUGUCAAUUUCAAUUAGUGUAAUAUGAUAUAUAUAUAUAUA